CGAACGAUUCCGGACGCGAGCGGACGGCAAGCGUGACAAUACAACGACUUUUUAAAAUUCUGUGACUAAAACCUAGGUUUUUUCUUUAGAAAUAAGUGUUAAAAACACUGUAAAAGUAUAGUGAUUGUGUUAUUGUGCAGUGGUGUUGUUUAUUUGGAUUUUUCGACAGGAUGGCGGGAAUGAACCUGCGGCUGGCGUUUGCCGUGGUCUCCUCAGCCUGCUGGUCGGCCUUCCAACACGGAUACAGUACUGGCGUCCUCAAUGCACCACAAAUGGUGAUGUCCCGAUGGCUACAAUUCGACGCUCUGUCAGGCACCAACCUAACUAUGAAAGCUACAGAGGAACCGAAGGUGGCCACCAUCUGGUCUGUCGCAGUGUCUGUCUACUGUGUUGGAGGCAUGAUAGGGGGCAUGCUGACCGGCGUUAUUGCUGACAGAUUUGGCCGAAAAGGGGGGCUGCUGCUCAACAACGCCCUCGUGUUUGUGUCAGCCGCGUUCCAGGGGACGGCAAAGGUAGCCAAUUCUGCGGAACUUCUUAUACUUGGACGAUUAGUCAUCGGCAUUAACAGCGGCCUGAACGCGGGUCUAGCUCCCUUGUACUUGUCCGAAAUAUCACCAGUGUCUCUUCGAGGAUCGAUCGGCACAGUCUACCAGCUAGUCAUCACAAUCUCCAUUCUCCUCUCGCAAGGGCUCGGCUUGCCCUCAGUCCUCGGAACGGAGGAAGGCUGGCCUUGGCUGCUCGCCGUCUGCGCUAUACCGGCCGUCAUACAGAGCGUGACGUUACCACUGUGUCCUGAGUCUCCGAAGUACUUGCUGUUGAAUAAAGGAAGGGAACUACAUGCGCAGGAAGCUCUAAAUUGGCUAAGGGGUGACGUAGCUGUUCACGGCGAAAUGGAAGAAAUGCACCAGGAGGCGGAAAAGAACAAAGUGAGCAAGAAAGUCACACUCCGCGAGCUCUUCGGCAACCGCCAGCUAAGGCAACCGCUCCUCAUCGCCAUGACAGUCAUGGUUGCCCAGCAGUUGUCUGGCAUAAACGCUGUUAUGUUCUAUUCUACUGACAUCUUCUCUCAGGCUAGCCUUAAGCCUCCUUAUUCACAGUAUGCUACUUUGGGCACAGGAGCCAUGAACGUUCUGAUGACCGUAGUGAGCUUGGUAUUGGUGGAGAUAGCUGGCAGGAAGACGCUACUCCUCGUCGGGUUUAGCGGCAUGUUCAUCAGCUCUGUAUUGUUACUAGCGGCAAUGUUACAUGUGACGUCAAUCGCAUGGAUGCCGUACGCGUGCAUCGCUUUGGUGAUUCUCUUCGUGGUCAUGUUCGCCGUGGGACCCGGCUCCAUACCCUGGUUCCUUGUCACUGAGCUGUUCAACCAAUCGUCGAGGCCUGCGGCUGCGUCAGUGGCUGUCACAGUCAACUGGGCGGCCAACUUCCUAGUUGGCCUCACUUUCCUCCCACUUCAAUUGGUGAUAAAAGCGUACGUGUUCGUAAUUUUCGCGAUCUUCCAACUUCUAUUCAUCAUCUUUAUCAGCAUGAAGGUUCCAGAAACGAAGAACAAGACCGUUGAAGAGGUCACCGCCAUGUUUAGGCAACAACUGUGAUUUGACAAAUAGCGUUUAAAAACUUAAAACUUAACACAUUCACUGCCAGGGGAUCAAUUUUUGAAUUUAGAACGCACGAAUUCGCCGUUCGAAAGCCUGUGGAAAACGACGUAAUGCUAUUUUUGAAAAAGGACGGCU